AUGAAAUUAUUAUAUUCAUUAGUUGCAUUAUUAGGUGUUUCAUCAGUUGCAUUUGGUGAUACCAGUUGUAAUCAAUUACUUUCAUCAUUAGUUGAUCCAUCAAAAUGUGUUCAAGUUUCAAUCUCUGGUGUUCAUUAUCAAUCAUUGGCUCAAGAAGGUUAUAAAGGUAAUCUUGUUUUCUCCAAUGGUGAAUUUGUAUUAAGGGAAUCAUUAUACAAUUUACAAACCUAUGAAACAACAUGUAGCCGUGGUGGAUUAGUUCAACCAUUUUCAGCAGAUGAUCAAUUCCGUGUUGAUGAUUUUAGUAUUAGAUUAAGUGAUGGUAAUCUUAGAUUAAAACAAAUUAAUACUCAACUUACUUGUAAUGGUAAUGUUGGUUUCUUCAAUUUAAAUAACUUUUAUUAUACAGUUGCAUUAAAAUCAUAUGACACAUGUCCAAGACUUUACUAUGGUGAACCUUGUAAUACACCAACAGUUACACCAACAGCAACUGUUACUCCAACUGUUACUCCAACAGUUACCCCAACAGUUACACCAACUACUACACCAACUACUACACCAAGUGGAACACCAAAAAUUAGUUAUAAAUUAAAUAUUGACAAUCAAUGGAUAACCAGUGGUGUAACAUAUUAUCAAUAUAAAUUAACCUUAACAAAUAAUGAGGCCACAGCAAUUAAAUCAAUUGAAAUUCAUUCUGAUAAUUGGAAUCCAACUGAAUUUUGGAAUAUUGAAAGAAAUGUACAAACUGGUAAUUUAGGUUUCCCAGCUUUCGUAUCAACUCUCAAAGUUGGUGAAUCCUUCUCAUUUGGUUUCGUUUCUUCAACUGCCAAUCCAACUUUUUCAACUGUUAAAAUUGUUAGGGCUUAA